AGAAAGCUUCCGUUUGCCCAGGUGUGUGGAGACCUCCAGGCUGUGCAGCACCUUGGUGGCCACAGCUCUCCAGGAUGUCCUCACCUUCCUCAGGGCCCUGCCCUCCUGACCUGGAGUGUUCUGGGUAGGAGUCUUUGCCAUGGCUGCUCCCAGGACAGGGACGGGAGGCUGUGAGGGCCAUGCCGCUGCAGUGGGUCUUGCUGGGUGCCACCUGUGUCACAGGCCCCAUUAGCUGGGUGGAGCCUUCCAAAGCCAGGACCCCACGGCACUCUCAAACUCUGGGCAGCUGCCAGAGGCUCAGGUGCUUGGCAGACACUGUCUGCCCCUCAGGGAAGAGCCUUGGUGGUAAGCCUGGCCUGCUUCCAAGGAGCAGAGUGGGGACACUUGGGCCAUUUCCCCCUGGGGCCUGGCUCUGGCGUUUCCAAGACUGCUUCUCUGGCAGCCGGCUGUCUCCCUGUGUUCUCUUUAGAAAGCUCCUCCUGAGCUUGGAUAAACUGCAGGAGCGAAGGGGCUGACCGUUUGUAGGGAUGCAGUUGAAAAAGUCGUUGCGUCCUGCAUGUGCCUGUCGUCGGCGAAGCGUUGAAGCUCAGACUCGAUCUCUGUUAGGAGAGAUGGUGCGCUUGGUCCGGCAGGUCCUCCUGUGCUUGGGAACGCGGGAAGCGGGGAAAUGAGGAGGUGGGCUCGGAUGUGUGGGGGGCUGUGCUGGCUGUCCUGGGAGGCUCUCUGCCCGCUGUUAGUGGCCAGCUCCCCAGGUGACGGGCCUGGCCUCUAGGUCUCCAGCAUGACUCACUAUGGUGUCUCCAGAGGGCUUCCUCUCUGCAGGGAAGCCCACCCAAGAUCUCUCUUACUGGUCCCAUGCGGCAGCUGCCUCCGUAGCAUCCUUGUCUCCACCAGACCCCUGCAGGGUGCCCAGUUCCUCCCUGCAGGGUGCUCCCUGCUGCAGUGUGGGGUGUACAGAGGUGGGCAGGGCCCUGGAGCUCCCAUUGGUGAAGGAAGUCGGAUCCCAGCCAGGGCUCUCGGGUUGAUCAGCAGUAGGAGGUGGCCCCUCCUGCCCAGUCCCACCCAGGACACGGGCUGGUGGCUGGGCUUUCAGCUGUGCCCAGCUGCCCUUCCCAGAGCUUGCAGGGUUUCUGAGGUGGCUCUUGUGAGAUUAGGGGCAGGACACCUGGUGUCUCCAGCCAAGGAGUGAACGGGGUGAAGGCUCUGUCCUUGUGUGCACACUGUAGCAGAGUGAGUCUGGGAGGCCUUUGCGGCUUGUGCUGGGGCCCUUGGGUGCCAGCCCUGUGUUGACGGUGGCUCCUGCUGAGAGAGAGGCCCUGUACCAACGUGGGCCCUGGGCUGCCUCCCCCUUGAGGGUCCUUGUCAUCUUCCGGGCCUCCUUCAGCAGACCGGACACAGGGGCAGUGCAGGGGAGGGGCUUGGGGGAGCUCUUGGCAGCUCCAGGGGAUGCUUGUGGGCGUUGGCUUACCUUGUCUCAGGCUGCCUUUCUCAGGUGACGACAGGGUGGGUGGAUUUGGGAAAGGUUGGCUCAGAUAGUGGUCCCUGCUUGUCCCUCAGGGCCUGCCUAGGCUCCAGCUAACAGUAAUCCCAAGAGCUCCCCUUUCAGGGGAUAACGGAGUGACGCCGCCUCGAGCGUGUGGACUCAGCUGCCACCUGGGAUUGUGGUGGUGGCGGGUCUGUCUGGCACUCAGCUUCUGUCUCCACCAAUGUCACCUCCACACCACCUCGCCAAGCAGCUUCUGGAAAGGCCCCCGGCUGGCUCGGGCCGACCUGCUGCUGUGUCUGACCCGGUUAGUCUUUUUGGCUGCCUCUAACCUUGCUGCUUUUCCUUCAUGCUGUCCUAGGAGGCCAAAGCAAAGUAAGUACUCGCCUGUCCUCGUGCCCCAUUCCCCUUCAUUUGACCGGGGAACCCCCAGCCAUCACUGCACCCGAGGGAACCCAAGACCACCUGUACGUGGCCCAGUCUGCGCAGAGGGGCUGCAGUUUCCCAUCUGUAAAGUGGAGGAAUUGGGUUUUCUGGAUGGGGCAGCAGCAGGUGGACACCCUGUGUGGCCGUGAGCAGGGUCCUGGCCUGGGCUGGCAGGUCAGCAGCUGACAUGCGGCUCCCUGCGGGGAACUGGUGGCAGUGCCAGGUCUCGGCAGGAGCCUUGAAGUGGCUUCCCCUCCCUGAGCGGCAGCUUCUGCCCGGAGCCCCCAAGAACAUAGUCUGAGGCCACUUUGGCCAGUAAAGUCUGGUAGGGCAUUGACACUGGGGACCAGCUUAGUGGCACUGCCGAUGGGACCUGCACGGCUCCAUGGAAGCAGAGAGACUGGCGGGGGUACCACCGCACGAUGUCACAAUGCCCUGUCUCCUGGGCUCUUGCUCCCACCCCACCCCCAACCCACAACCCCUGCCUCUGCCCAUCAGCCUGGCCUUGGUAAGUGCUGCCCCAGCCUGGGGAAGGAAUGAGCAGGGGAGCCUAGGGAGCUUCUUCAUGGGCCCUGUGGCCUCCUGGCCCUGGUUGCUCGUUGGUGCCAUUAGAACUUGUUGCUGGGACUGAGAGAUUCUGGCCACAUACCCGCAAAGAACUCCAUGUUCCACUUAGAGGCUUCAGAGUGCAGUGCGCGGGGCCUUCCCAAAAGUCCUCCCUGCCUGGGUGGAGCGCAGACAGCUCAGCACCGCACGGGGGCGUUGGAGCCAGCCUUGGUUUUGUUGGAUGAGGAGCGGGAAGGCCUCCUGCACCCUGGAGACCGUGUGGGAAGACAAGCACAAGUAUGAGGAGGCCGAGCGGCGCUUCUACGAGCACGAGGCCACGCAGGCGGCCGCCUCCGCCCAGCAGCUGCCAGACGAGGGGCCAGCCGUGAAUGGGCCUGGCCAGGACGACCCUGAGGACGCUGAUGAGGCAGAGGCCCCUGACGGCGGCAGCAGGAGUGAUCCCAGGAAGAGCCAGGACAGCAGGAAGCCCCUGCACAAAAAGAGGAAGUGCUCCCCCAAGAGCGGGCUCGGCCCCGCGGACCUGGCCUUCCUGGGCCUCUCGGCCGAAUGCGUGUGGCUGGACAAGUCACUUUUCGACCAGGCAGAGAGCUCCUACCGCCAGAAGCUGGCAGAUGUGGCUGCCCAGGCAGCCCGGCCUCCUGCCUUGGCCCCUUGGGGUCUCUGCACCCAUGGAAACCAGGUGGCCUGCCACCAUGUGACCUGGGGGAUCUGGGUCAACAAGUCCUCCUUCGACCAGGCUGAGCGGGCCUUUGUGGAGUGGUCUCAGGCCCCGUUGCUGGCCCCCGAGGGCAGCCGCAGGCAGGGGACUCCCAACACAGGCCAGCAGGUGGCCGUCCCCGACCUGGCCCACCAGCCCAGCCCACCGGUCAAUGGCCAGCCCCCGCUGGGCAGCCUGCAGGCACUGGUUCGGGAGGUGUGGCUGGAGAAGCCCCAGUAUGAUGCAGCCGAGAGGGGCUUCUACGAGGCCCUGUUUGACGGCCAUCCCCCAGGGAAGGUGCGCCUGCAAGAGCGAGCCGGCCUGGCCGAGGGUGCCCGGCGGGGCCGCAAAGACCGGCGGGGCCGCAACAUCUUAGGGAACAAGCGGGCCGGGCCGCGGCGGGCCAAUGGGGAGGCCCUCUCUGCCUUGCCCUACUGUUACUUCCUGCAGAAGGAUGCAGAGGCCCCCUGGCUCAGCAAGCCUGCCUACGACAGCGCCGAGUGCCGCCACCACGCUGCCGAGGCCCUGCGCAUGGCCUGGUGCCUCGAAGCUGCCUCCCUGUCUCACCGACCUGGUCCUCGGUCUGGCCCGUCUGUGUCCAGCCUGAGACCCAACAGAAAAAUGGCUACAAACUUCCUAGCACAUGAGAAGAUCUGGUUCGACAAGUUCAAAUAUGACGACGCAGAAAGGAGAUUCUACGAGCAGAUGAACGGGCCUGUGGCAGGUGCCUCCCGCCAGGAGAACGGCGCCAGCGUGAUCCUCCGUGACAUUGCGAGAGCCAGAGAGAACAUCCAGAAAUCCCUGGCUGGAAGCUCAGGCCCCGGGGCCUCCAGCGGCCCCAGCGGAGACCACAGCGAGCUCGUCGUCCGGAUCGCCAGUCUGGAAGUGGAGAACCAGAGCCUGCGUGGCGUGGUACAGGAGCUGCAGCAGGCCAUCUCCAAGCUGGAGGCCCGGCUGAAUGUGCUGGAGAAGAGCUCGCCUGGCCACCGGGCCACGACCCCGCAGACCCAGCAUGUCUCUCCCAUGCGCCAAGUGGAGCCCCCAGCCAAGAAGCCAGCCACACCAGCAGAGGAUGACGAGGAUGAUGACAUUGACCUGUUUGGCAGCGACAAUGAGGAGGAGGACAAAGAGGCGGCACAGCUGCGGGAGGAGCGGCUACGGCAGUACGCGGAGAAGAAGGCCAAGAAGCCUGCACUAGUGGCCAAGUCCUCCAUCCUGCUGGAUGUCAAGCCUUGGGACGAUGAGACGGACAUGGCCCAGCUGGAGGCCUGUGUGCGCUCUAUCCAGCUGGACGGGCUGGUCUGGGGGGCUUCCAAGCUGGUGCCCGUGGGUUAUGGUAUCCGGAAGCUACAGAUUCAGUGUGUGGUGGAGGACGACAAGGUGGGGACAGACUUGCUGGAGGAGGAGAUCACCAAGUUUGAGGAGCACGUGCAGAGUGUCGAUAUCGCAGCUUUCAACAAGAUCUGAAGCCUGAGUGUGUGUAUGUGCGCGCGUGUGCGCGUGCGUGAGGCCCUGCCACGAUUAAAGACUGAGACCGGCA